CAAAUUGUUUAUGUUUAUUUUACAUUACUAGACUUAAAGUAAUGAGACUAUUGCUUAAAAAUGGGUGACUUGUUCUUUAAUCUGUGUACUAGAUUUUUUGAUCCGUGCUUUCAAAACAAAGAUUAUGUUUUUAAAAUAAAAACUUUUAUCUAAAUAAAUGUAUAUUUUAAGUUAAUAUUUACAUUAAAUAUUUGAGUAUGAAGUAUUUAAUUGACCAAUUUUGUAUUUUGAUGUUUCAAAUUAUUUUUUUAGCCUUUUUGACGUGAAUUUGUAAUAUUAUAGCUUAAUGUUUUGUUUUUAAUAAUUAUUUUUAAAAGUAAAUAAUAUAUAGUAGUUAAUAAUGAAAACAAAAGUUUAAAAAUGGAACCAAAUUUUACUAAUGCAUAAUAAUAUGAUGGUCCACGUUUUGUACUGAAUAUAUAGUAUUUGAUGACUAAACUAUAAAAAGGAAGUUUAAUCAAUUAAGUCCAGAAAAUAAAAGAGAAAAUCUGAUCAAUUUAAAAUAUUAAUGAAAAUUUUAAAUAGAAAUGAUAUACUAUUGUAAAUAAUUCUAAAAAGUAUGGGCAUAAUCCUAUUAUAGAUUCUGCUUUAAUAGUAUAGAUAUUUUAUACUAUGUAUAGUUUCAUCACAAAAUUAUACUUGUGUAUAUAUAUAAACACUUAAUUUAAAACGUUCUAUAAAUUAAACUCUCUACGCAAGCUACUUGCGAGUUGUUCUCUCCUUUUGCCGUCGUUUCUCUCCGUCUCAGGGUUAAGUCAUUGAAGAAGAUGUCUUCACGCUGUCAUCCAGAUUGCCAACGAGCAGCUGCUGCCAAAGAAGAGGAUGAUUCUGCUGAGAGAGCUGCUACGGUAGCAGCUAAUCUGAUCAGCACUGCGCGAGUGAUCCUCAAGCUGGACCGUGAGUUUACCGAGUACUCAGCUCAGUACCUGGUGGACAACGCUCUUGUCGUGAAGGAACCAGUGCAGGGUCCACCACGCUCCACGUUUACUAUUGCGGACUGUCUUGAGCAUUUGGUGGACGUUGCUUCUCCCAAGACCGAGGCCGAUCUGGAAGAAAUGGCAAAACAACAGCAACGACGCUCCAAGAUAACUGUCAAGGACUGCCUCGAGUGCGCUUUCAAGGAAGGGAUACCGAGGAGAGAGCAUUGGGCACAUUUGGGAUGUGUGUCCAAGGUUCCACCAUAUGCUUCUCUCAUUCCUCGCGUUCCCGUGAAAGGAGAAGUCAUUGAGGUUAAGAAACUUGAAGACGCACUUGAGUUGUUAAAGCAUGGACCCGUAGGUGCAAAACUCCAUGUGUUCAGUCCGGAUAUUGAUCGUGUCGGAGAAGAUGGAGUUUACCAAGGCCUGGCAGGUGCUGAAACACGAUACGUGGGACUUAGAGACGUGAUCAUAGGUGGAGUGAAUAAGAUCAAUGGUGUUGAAGUUGCGACUGUGAAGAUAUGCUACAAGAAGAGGACUUCACUUAUGAAAGUGGCUUUGAAUCGUAUCAUUAUGUUACUACAGCAUCAUGCCAACGAGUCUCAGAGCGUCGAGCCAACGCAUCUGCUUGUGGACUUCAUUGUGCCUCGCUUGUUCAAGUAAAAACAAGAUCUUAGGAUCUUGAUGAGUAAGACAAAUAUCUAGAGAACAAUAAUAUGGUAUGUAAUAUGUUGAGAGUAUCGUGAAAACCUUAUGCUAGUUGUGUAACUCGUUUGUUGUCUUAUGAAAACCUUAUGCUAUAAUAUCAGUAAUGAAGUCGUUAA